GUGUGUGUGCAGUAGGACUGUCUGAACCUCCCUGUAACUAAUAGUCCGUAUAUAAUUUGGAAGGAGAAAUCUUCAAUGGAAGACCCCGAGGGAAUAAAUGGGAAGUCUGUGCAGAAGUCCCAAACCGGUUCAGAUGUUGCUGUUUCCUCAAGCUGCAGGUCUAUGGAAAUGCAGGAUCUAGCCAGCCCACAUAGACGACUAAGUGGUAGUAGUGAAUCCCCCAGUGGUCCAAAACUUGAUAACUCCCAUAUAAAUAAUAAUUCCAUGACACCCAAUGGCACAGAAGGUGACAUGACCCUCCUCAGCACUGCAGACUGGUUGCUCAGCCCUAGCACACAGAGCCCCGCAGUUAAAACAGAACCAAUGAACAGCAGUGAGAUCGCUACUACUACUACCACAGACGGGUCUUUAGACAAUUUCUCAGGAUCAGCAAUUGGAAGCAGUGGUUUCAGCCCAAGACAAACACACCAGUUCUCCCCACCACAGAUUUACCCUUCCAACAGACCCUACCCACAUAUUCUUCCUACCCCAUCUUCACAAACGAUGGCUGCGUAUGGGCAGACACAGUUUACAACGGGAAUGCAACAAGCUACAGCCUAUGCCACUUACCCCCAGCCCGGCCAACCCUACGGAAUCCCUUCCUAUGGUGCAUUGUGGGCAGGCAUCAAGACAGAAGGUGGAUUGGCACAGUCACAGUCACCUGGACAGACAGGAUUUCUAAGCUACGGAGCCAGCUUUAGCACACCUCAACCUGGACAAGCUCCCUAUAGCUACCAGAUGCAAGGCAGCAGUUUUACAACAUCAUCAGGAAUAUAUGCAGGAAAUAAUUCACUCACAAACUCUACUGGAUUUAAUAGUUCACAGCAGGAAUAUCCCUCUUAUCCCAGUUUUGGCCAGGGCCAAUACGCACAGUAUUAUAAUAGCUCACCGUAUCCUUCACAUUACAUGACAAACAGCAACACCAGCCCCACGACACCCUCCACAAAUGCAACAUACCAGCUUCAAGAACCACCAUCUGGCAUCACCAGUCAAGCAGUUACAGAUCCUGCAGCAGAAUACAGUACAAUCCACAGUCCAUCAACCCCCAUUAAAGAUUCAGAUUCAGAUAGAUUGCGUCGUAGCUCAGAUGGGAAAUCACGUGGACGUGGCAGAAGAAACAAUAAUCCUUCACCACCACCUGACUCUGAUCUGGAGAGAGUAUUCAUUUGGGAUUUGGAUGAGACAAUCAUCAUUUUCCAUUCCUUGCUUACAGGGUCCUAUGCUAACAGAUAUGGACGGGAUCCUCCCACUUCUGUGUCCCUUGGACUCCGAAUGGAAGAGAUGAUUUUCAAUUUGGCGGACACACAUCUAUUCUUUAACGAUUUAGAAGAAUGCGACCAGGUUCACAUUGAUGACGUGUCUUCAGAUGACAACGGUCAAGAUUUAAGCACAUACAACUUCGGAACAGACGGCUUUCCCGCGGCUGCCACCAGUGCCAAUCUGUGCCUGGCGACCGGCGUGCGCGGAGGGGUGGACUGGAUGCGGAAACUGGCCUUCCGCUACAGACGAGUUAAAGAAAUAUACAACACCUACAAAAAUAAUGUUGGAGGUCUACUUGGUCCAGCAAAAAGAGAGGCUUGGUUACAACUAAGAGCAGAAAUUGAAGCUUUGACAGAUUCUUGGUUAACACUUGCACUGAAAGCACUCACCCUCAUUCAUUCAAGGACAAACUGUGUGAACAUUCUCGUAACGACUACUCAGCUAAUUCCAGCUCUGGCAAAAGUCUUGUUGUAUGGACUAGGAGUUGUAUUUCCCAUAGAGAAUAUUUACAGUGCAACUAAAAUAGGAAAGGAAAGUUGUUUUGAGCGAAUAAUUCAAAGAUUUGGAAGAAAAGUAGUAUAUGUUGUUAUAGGGGAUGGUGUUGAAGAAGAACAAGGCGCAAAAAAGCAUGCUAUGCCAUUUUGGAGGAUCUCGAGCCACUCUGACCUUAUGGCCCUUCACCAUGCCUUGGAACUGGAGUACUUGUAGCAACUUAGCAGCACUUUCAAACCUCAGAGCCUCCUUCUGCCCGUGGAUGAGAUGCCUGUGUCUUGUGUCAGCAUUGGACUACAGAACUUUGUGAUUUCAACAUGUUGACGUACAGCUGCAAUUGGUCUUAACCCUUGCCCUUUCAGUAAACGGAGGAGCAUGUCUUUUUCUUCAGAACAGCUGUUGGCUCCGGUACUGCAAGUCCAACGAAAAUAAGCCAUGCGAGUGUUUGAACAACUCAUCUUUACCAUAUUUGCUACCAAAAAGAAAUUGAGAAGGAAAAAAUAUAAUGGGAAAAAAAAAAAAAAAAGGAAAUAAGAGGUUCAUACCUGUGAAGAAAAGAAAAAGGACCUGCAAAUGCUUUGUAGUUUUUAGCCUCUUCAAUGUGACACACACCAUUUCUUCAACACAGCAAACUUGAUUGCACAAUGAAGACUGAGAUUUUACAAAAUACCAGUGGAGUAAUUUUCUUAUAAAGAAGGUUUACGUUUUGGUUUCUCAUACCCAGGGUACUCUGUACAUCUUUACUUAUUUAUGAACAGACUAUAUUUUGACAUCAUAUAACUGAGGAUAUGUAUAAUAGGAUUAAAGGCUAUUAUAAGCCUUUGCCUUAUGGUACAGCAACUACUUUUGAUUUUAGCACAUUACAGAGUAGUUUAAAAUAUGUCUAAUUUAAACUAAUAGGUACAUCACUGAGACAAUCAUGUACAGGAAGAAUUUUUUGUGUAAAUUUGUAAUAAUGAAUGAUUCUUUUACAUAUUGUUAAAGGUAAAUGCUAUUGAAAGAUAGUAAUGCCUUGUUGGUGAAGAAUGAGGCCACGUGUGCACAAACUUGUGCGGUGCCUUAUCAAUGUGUUGGAUAUAAAUAUGUAGAUAAUUGAUUUUUUUAGAUAAAUUUGUCAAGACCAAAAGCAUGGAUGUCAAGUGUCAAUAGGAACUGGGUUUUGUUCUCAGCUGUUUCUCUGCCAUUUUCUUGUCUCACCCACUCUGAUCAUGGAAACAUUGAUUUUGUGUGUCCCCCCCCCCAGGUCAAAGCAAAUACAGAUAAAACCUAAGUGAAGAGGAGGCCUUUAUUGUCUUUUUGUUUCCUCUUUUAAAGUUAACAUAUUAACCCUUUUUAGAGUAUAAAAAAAUUAAUUAGGAGAGUCAUUCCAUAAAGAAAUAGAGAAAGAACAAAAAUAUAUUUUAAGAUGUAACUUAAACCGGAACCUUGGUACUGAAUAGCUUUUGUCUCAUCCAAAAAUGAAGGAAACUAUCAUCACUAAUAUUUUUAGAAAUUAGAGAUGAGAAUAUUUUGGAGAAAUUAAACAAAAAUGCUCAUAGACAUUUAAGUUUUUUAAUCCUCUUCCACCAGGAGUCAGAUUUUCCUAAGAUAUAACAUCCAUUGCCGGCAAUGGAAAUGCUGAAAUGGUUAUCACCAAGGAGUUAAAAUUUGCUUUUGUCUGUACUAACUUAAAGGACAAACCUAGACUGUGUCUGUCUGUGACUUGUGACUUUUCUGAUCUUGAAGGCUGUGAGCUACUUGGUUAAAUAAACUGUUAGUCUGACUUUUUGGCUUGAAUUGUACCAAUUCCUUUUGCCCAGUUAAAUAUCUAAUUAAAAAGAAGCCUCACCAUUGUUGGUUAAUUUUCUGGUUUUUCUUCUUUCAUUUUAAUUAAAAAACCCACCAGCCAUGAAACAGCUACCUGCAAAGCUACAGAGCACCAAUGUAGCUACAAAUCAACACCCUUCUCUAUUGGAGGAAUCACAUUGCUGCUAGAAUGAAAUAUUUGUGGAUUGCUUUAGUACCAACAGAGAGGUUUUUAUCUUACCAAGACUUGCACGUGUGCUUUACUUUACUCAGUAUGAGUGCUGCAACUCGUGCAGUACUCACAUAUGUACAUAAAGCACAUUGUGGAUAGUUUUUAGAAUUGAGACUAUAAUUAGCCUUUUUUUUUCCUCGAGCAAAGUAGACAGUGAUGGGGGGGAAUUGGUUGUCCUUUUUUUUUUUUUUUUCUUUUUGCUUUGGCUCUUUACAAUUUUUAGUCACUUGCGGACUGAAAAAAAUAACAAAGUUUAUCUGGGCCUUAUUGUACAAAAAGUGUGUUGUGUCCACAAUUGUGUACAGAAUUUUUCUUCAUUGAUUUUGUUUUAAAUUAAUAAAAUUGAUUUGUGAACGUAUUAUA